AUGCCUAUUGACUUUGUCAGUUUGAAAGACUUGUGCACUGUCAAAUACGAAGAGGAAUACUGCACAUAUGCAGAGUAUAUUGGUUCUGUAUCUCAGAUAGCCAAGGAUAAAAUGCUAUGUGAAAUGGCGUCUAUGCAUGCAAAGAAUGUGCUUUGUGAUCAGAAAGUCAAGGAGUUUAUGCAAAAAUGCAGUCUGGAUAACAUCAAGCAUUUUGCAGCAAUUUAUAAAUACGAUGAAGGAUUCUGUAAGGCAACUGCAGUCAGCAUCCUGAGAACAAGAUACGAUGUAGCAGACAUGUAUCACAAGGCUGCGAUAUUUCAGUGCAUCAGAAAACUUGCAUUUAAUCUUGAUUUUGAGUUUGUCAAGCAGAUAUGCAAUGAGGAAUGUCUGAGCAUGAUUAUUGGAGAGUAUGCAUUUAAGAAUGGAAUUGAUGUCGAGUUUAUUGACAGUGUAUGUGAAUUUGAGCCAUAUGUGUUUUUUGGAUAUACACAACUAAAUGGACUAUUGCUGGACACGUUUGAGCCUUGCUUUGAAAGACUGAUAGGAAAAUGCAUUGAGAUACUUGAUGUGCUUGAUUAUUCAAACGAUCGGGUUGUUGAUGCACUCAUGUGCAUACCUAACAAGAGUGAUGCAUUUGCUUAUAUGUUGAUCAACAAACUUGUUAAUGGAACCAUGUUGGUUGACAUUUCAUGCAGACUUGAUAUCGAUUGCGGAGUGCUUAUUUACAAUGGGUUUUUUGAUAAUGCUAUGCACGAAGAUGGAGUGGAGCUUUUGAAAAGAAGGUCAGUUAGUGAUGCAAUAAAGGUUGGUAUAGAGAAGUGCAUGAAUAAAAAAGUAUGCAGGAUGGUAUGUGAUGCAAUGAUUGGUAGAGGACGUGAGUUUAUGAUGCAUGAUGGAGUUAUAGAUCUACUGCUUGUUAUGGAGUAUCAUGGUUGUAGAGCUGUACUUGGAGAUGCAUUAAAGGGAUUGCAAGCAUGCGCGGAGAAGCAGUUUUUGGUAUUGAGAGAAAAUGAGUCGCAUUGGAAGUGUAAAGUAGAGGUUGAUAGGGUAACAGGUGAAAUAUCAUUAGUAGACAUGGAAAGGAGAGUGGUAGAGGAGAGUGUAGAAUGCACAAGCACAGAGAAUCAAGAUGAUGAGUACAUAAGCAGUGGAAUAUUUAGUGGAUUUGAAUUUCUGGAUGAGAAAAAUAUAGGUAAAAAACGGAUGCACCAAUAUAUUGACGAGAUAUGCAAAGUAGAUUGUGAUGAAAAGUACAUGGGCAGUGAAAGCUUCAUGAAGUAUGUGAGAAUGAGACUUGGAUUUAGGUGUAUAGUCAAGAGUCAUCUGCAGCCGACGUUUGGACAGCUUCUGAGUCUUCCGAAUGAAUAUUUAAAUGAUAUUCUUGGAAUGUACCUAAAUGUGUUUUUAGGCCUAGUGCAGGAGUUCAAUAAUGCACUGAUUCCAUCCAGUCGACGAAGAGAUGCAGCAGUCAAGGCAAUUGUGAGUUCUGGAUAUAAGGAGCUUUUUGUAGAGUAUCUUGUGGCAAAGGACCGGUACUUUCGAAUUGUAGUUGAUUUUGAUAAGUGGUUUGAUAGAAUGAGUAUGCAAUACAAAAGAAUGUAUGUUGAGGAUCAUUUGAGUGUAUUUGUAGAACGUUUUGAACGAAUUGUGACUGCAUUUGGAAAAGAUGCAUGCUUACUGAUGUCGGUUGUUGAUUCUUUGAGGAUUAUUGGAAUACCUGAUGAGCAGAUACGUGAUAUGAAAAGUAGAAUACAAGAUGAAAUAGAUGUAUACAGAGUAUAUGAUAGAAAUAUAGACAGAAUAGAUGAUAUAGCAAGUGUCAUGUGUGUAGUAGAUGCAGUAGAAGAAUGUAAACAUUCAGAAAUGAAAGAAUUGCAUGAUGAGAAAGAAAGAAUUGAAUGUAUAAGUAGCAAGUCUCAUAGUGGAAGAAAUGAACAUACAAAAAGUAAAUGUCAUAAUGUAGAUGUUAAUGAUGAAAAUAAUUGUAAUAAUAGAUAUGAAAGCACGAAAAGAAUAAAAGAAAGCAAUGUGUAUAAUGAUGGAUGUGAUGUAGAGUCUAUUUCAUAUAGUGAUCUGAAUGGACGAGUUGGGAUGAUUUGCAACGAAGUGAGCAUGAGGAUGGCAUUUGGAAAGGAAAUUGAAAGAGCAUCGAUGGUUACUGCAGCAUUGGUCGGUAAUGAUGAUAUUAUGGACAGGGUGGUUUCUGUUGUAUAUGAUGCGAAUCCAAGUGGAAGAAGAUUUCUGAAUGUUGUCGAAUUUAUUGUGCGUGUUAUUGCAUGCAGCAAAAGAGAACUCAGAAUAUUUCCAUGUAUUAAUAAGGUUAUAAAGAAAUAUGUUGAUGAGAGUGGAAGAUACAUGGCCGUGUAUUUUGUUGCUAUUAAAUCACAAAUUGAGGAAAUAGAUGCAAUUGUUGAAGAAUAUAACAAUGGAGCAAUUGAAGCGAUAUGUAGUGCGCUUUGUAGCAGGAUUUUGAUGGGCAGUGAAUGUGUGAAUGGAUAUGUGAAUGUUAGCGAUGUGUUUAAUGAGCCAGUGGUUAAGAAGAAUGAUAAAGUACUGAUUGACAAGAUGUUUGUGAAUCAGGAAAGUGGAUGGAGAUUUAGAAUGGAAUGUGUUGUGAAUAGACUUUUAUGCUCUGAUAAGGAGUUUAAGCAGUAUGUUGGAUUGAGAUGUGCAAGUGUUCUUGGUAUUUUGAUUGAUGUGCCCAUACAUCUUGAUUCUGGAAGUGAUAGAAUAAUUGAAGCAGUAUUGAAGCACUUAAGAAAAGAGGAUGUGACAAAGACAGUCAAUAUGAAACUGAUGGAUAUUCUAUACAGAAGAGAAAAGCUUGAUGUAAUAGGAAAAGAGUGUCUAAGACUCGUUGAUGUGGAUAUUCUUGAUACAGAUGAUGUCGAUAGAAUCAACGAUAUGUUUUUUGUGGAUCCUGUUGGAUACCUUGAGAUUCUUCCUCGGAUGGUAGAAAGAGGAUAUGAACUGUCGAGCACAGUGUUUGUUGAGCUGAUAAAGCAACUGAAGGGAUGCCAUGUAGACAAGGUGGCUGUUGAUGUCAUGAAUGUGUUGAGGAAUGCAAAGUACACUGAAGAGAUGGUUUUUGAGAGCAUCCUGUCGAUUGAGAAUGCAAAGCUUGAGUCUAAGAUGUUUCUAAUAGAAAAGAUUCAUACGUCUGGAAUAAGAUUGAACGCAUCGAUGUUUCUGAGUCUGUGCGUACACGUUGGAAACGAAGAUAACUACCAGGCUUUAGAAGGUUUACUGAAUAUCCUAAGAAACAAUGGAAUCAAUCAUAAUGUUAUUGAUAAAUGGAAAGGCAAAAAAACGUUGGAAAAGUUAAUGAUCAGGAUAUAUCCACUAUGUAUGGAUGAUGUGAGUUACUACAAAGAACUAUUGAAGACGAUUAAGGACGAUAAAAACGAAAUAAGGUUUAUUACUAGAUUUUAUAAGAAUGAGUUUCAGGCAUUGCAUACGUGA